GUCAGUAUGACAGACAGGCACAGGGUUUUCUCUUUCUCAAUGGCUCCUAUGGUUCUGUUUCUCAUUUCAGCACUUGCUGCUUGGCCUCUUGGCUUGGAAGCUCAUGUGGUUCAAGACUUUUCAUUGUGUAAGGAAUUCUUUUACAAAAACACUGAACCCACAGGUAUAGAUCAAAAUGCUGCACAAAUCUGCCAGAAACGCGGUUUCUACUACUAUGCUUCCCUGUAUUCCAUAAGUCAUCGGAUGCCAGUGUACAGUGCCUACACCUUUGACUUUACCUGCAGGGACAAUGUUGUACAGAGAAGAGAAGUCUGGUUUAUUGAACCACAGAUUUCUAACCUUGAUGGAGAAGACAUGGCUCUUGCAAGACAAAACAAAGACCUGAUCAAACAAAAUCAAGCGCUCAAUGAGGAUUAUGAACACACUGACUAUGACCGCGGACACUUAAACCCGAAUAAUUAUCACUGUAACGAUGGCCGUGUCGCCACUUUCACGCUGACCAACGCUGUGCCGAUGGAUGCAUGUUUCAAUCGAUUGCAUUGGAGAAAAUAUGAGGAUUAUUUGAGAAGUAUAGUACUAGAACUUUCUUGGAUGGGAACCCCCUAUUUUGUGACAGGGGCCGUGCCUUCAGGAAACAGAAUCCCUGUGCCAGGGUUAGACACCACUGAAGAAAACCGGGAAUUUAAUAGGGUUACAGUUCCCAGUCACGUGUGGACCGCUUUGUGCUUCAAGCAUAAUGAUGAGCAGUAUUCAUUUUCUAUAGGUUACAUAGGAGAGAAUAAAGCAGAUGCCAUCAUCCAAGUAAUGUCAGUCCCUGAUCUUGUACACGUGCUGAGUGGGCUAUACAACAGCCCUCACCUGCAGAUCUUUGACAAUGAUUGUUAUUCUAAUACUCAGAAAUCAAAAACAAUUCUACAGCAACUCUUUAAAAUUCUGCACCUCCCUCAGCUUCAAAAAGUGUUUUCCUUAGAUGGAAAUGUGCAAAAUCUUUUAACUGCGAGCCUAUCGAAGAGGCAGAGGCGUAGUGGCAGUCACGAACCGGUUAAAAAGCCCAGAAUUACUCACAUGACGGUGGAAUUGAACUAUGAGGAUAUGACAGAGUGGUUCGACAACAACGAGAACAUGAAGCUCAAUGCCAUCACUACGUGUGUGUUCGAACCCAAGUCGAACGUGCACUCUUCCUGGCCGAUAUACUUCAGAGAUGAGCUUCGUAAGGCACGCUCUGCUGAGAAACUUGACGAUUACAUCUGUAAACUCAUCCCAGAGAAGUCUAUACCUGAGUCUGUCAUCACGGCCGAUGGUACUCAUUGCAAAGCAGGCACGACGUGUUCCAGCGGCAGCUGUCCAACUGAUCAAGGGAAGAAAGUGUGCUGCACGUCGCCCUGCCUGUAUGAUCACACCUGGAAAGAUUUCAUUUGCAGUUCGGGACAGCAAUCAAUCAGGUGCUCCACCCAGUAUUCCAUCGUGACUGUAAGCGGUAAACCAUGCAGACAAGAUCACCAUUGUGGGACUUAUGGAGAGACGUAUUAUUGGUGUUACACGGUUGGCAGUGAUUGGGAUUACUGCAGCCCACCUUUUGUAAACAGUGUAGGUUUAAAUGGAAAACCUUGCCGAGAUGACCAUGAAUGCAGCACCUAUGGGGAAAACUACCAUUGGUGUUAUACCGAUCGAUCCAACCACUGGAGUAAGUGUUGCACCGAUAAAGAUCCCUAUGUAGCUCUGAAUGGUAGAACAUGCAAACCAGAACACAGGUGUGGCACCCAUGGGAAAACUUACCUAUGGUGCUACACUACAGAUGGUUUGUGGGAUUACUGCUGCACACAAUAAAACUAAAGCUCUGUCCUUUCCAUUAGGUCGCUAUGCUUUGCUGGUUUCUAUCUGUUGAUGUGAAAUCACUUGAUUAUAAAUGCAGGCAGGCAGACAGACUGUACUUUGCUGUUAAAUCACUUGAUUACAAAUGCAGGCAGAAAGACUGUACUCUGCUGUGAAAUCACUUGAUUAUAAAUGCAAGCAGACAGACUGUACUCUGCUGUGAAAUCACUUGAUUAUAAAUGCAGGCAGACAGACUGUACUUUGCUGUGAAAUCACUUGAUUAUUAAUGCAGGAAGACAGACUGUACUCUGCUGUGAAAUCACUUGAUUAUAAAUGCAGGCAGACAGACUGUUCUCUGCUGUGAAACCAUUUGAUUAUAAAUGCAGGCACAUAGACUGUACUCUGCUGUGAAAUCACUUGAUUAUAAAUGCAAGCAGACAGACUGUACUCUGCUGUGAAAUCACUUGAUAAUAAAUGUAGGCAGACAGACUGUACUCUGCUGUGAAAUCACUUGAUUAUAAAUGCAAGCAGACAGACUGUACUCUGCUGUGAAAUCACUUGAUAAUAAUUGCAGGCAGACAGACUGUACUCUGCUGUGAUGUGCUCUGAAGCAUUUCUUUACCUGUCAUUCUUUGCAUUGCAAUAAAAAUUUCACUUAAAGCCUA